AUGACGGUUAUGGCUCCCAAUACUAUAACCAAAGAAUGCAUCAAAAGUGCACCGGAAAUACCGAAAACGAGUCCAUUGGAGACCCCAUACAAAGCCGAUUACGUUUGGCGCAAUAUCAUCUUGAUGGCUUUGCUCCAUAUCGCAGCCGUCUAUGGCAUCAAUAUUGCCAUAUUUAAAGCCAAAUGGACAACCAUUGUCUUCGUCCACAUUAUUGCCAUAUUAUCCUCAAUGGGUGUUCAGUCGGGUGCGCACCGGCUUUGGUCACACCGGGCCUACAAAGCGAAACUACCGCUCCGUAUAAUACUAGCCUUCUUUCACGUAAUGGCCUUUCAAAACGACAUAUACGAGUGGUGUCGCGACCAUCGCGUCCAUCACAAGUACACGGAGACCAACGCCGACCCACACAACGCCAAACGUGGUUUCUUCUUCUCGCACGUCGGCUGGCUUUUGGUCAAAAAGCAUCCGGACAUCAGAGCCAGAGGUAAAAACGUGGAUCUCAGCGAUUUGAUGGCCGAUCCGGUGGUCAGAUUUCAGCGCAAAUAUUAUAUACCAUUACUUUUGCUGAUCUGGGGUUUCAUUCCCACUGCCAUUCCUCAUGUGUUUUGGUCGGAGAGUUUGUGGAAUGCAUUUUUCACUUGUGUCAUGUUUAGGCACUGUUUGACCCUCAAUUUGACCUGGCUCGUUAAUAGUGCCGCACACAUGUGGGGCGGCCGGCCCUACGACCAGAAUAUCGAGGCCCGAGAGGCCACCGUUCGGCACCUGCUUAUGGGCGAAGGCUUUCACAACUAUCAUCACACGUUCCCGUGGGACUACUCGGCCAGUGAGUUGGGCGCGUUUGAUGUGUUCAAUCCGGCGACGGCUUUCAUCGACUUCUUCGCUUUGAUCGGUUGGGCUUACGAUCGCAAAGUCGUGUCCCGAGAGAUGAUUGAACGCAAACAACAGCGAAGCGCCAAACUCGAGGACAUCCGCGAAGUUCGCGGUCUCUUCCACUCACUAUACGAAUGGGUCGGCGGUAUUGCCGUCUUCUGCAUACCAUUAAUGAUUGUUCACAUUUUUAAACUCAAUUAUUCAUAACUAUAUUAUUUAAUUUUUCAUUUAACAC